CCCUUCGAUAUUCUCCCCGUCGCAAGUUUUCGAGCAAGUUGCUCCUACGAGGACCCGCGAGUCUCGCCAAUUUCCCUUGUAUUUAACCUCGCAUAGCCGCCAGCCUCAUUAAUACGAUAUACAAAGUUUAGUUUCCCUUCGCGAACCUUUGUUAUUCGAUGAUAACGUAAUAAGUGCGACUAAAUUUGAUUAUCUAAAGCACCUACAUUAUCUAGAUUACCUAAAGUAGAUUAACCAAGUUGCAUAGAGAGUAUGUAACGAGAGUUCGAAAAUGUUCUGCGGCGUCUCGAAGUCAUCGCUACCGUAGGAACCGAUUCUCGUCCCUUAUUUCCACGCCCCGUGAAAAACACCCCACCAGCCAGCCACUGGAAGGAAGCUCGAUCGUAUCUACCCCGUGACCCCACAUGCCAGCAUUCCCUGUUAAAAGGCUUUCCACUUUACUUCACUCCCGAUUCUUCUUCGCUGACUCGGUCAUCCUUCGGGAAAAGACUUUGCUUUCUGGAACACUUUGAAAAUUGCCAAACGUCUGGUGAGCCGAAUUCAAACAACAUAGCUCGAAACUUGAAACUCCGAAACUAACGAUCCAACAACCAAAUUACUUACUUCUUCAUUGGCCCAAUUUUCUUCGCCAAUUUCUCGAAGCUCGAAACACGAUACGAAGCAUGCCUGUCUAUCGUGCGUCAUACUCUUUUAUUUCGUCUAAAUUGAUACUCAGCAUUUAAAAUUACUUAUGUCGAUACUCGGUAUUUAAAAUUAACGCGAAAUAUCCUUUCGGCACAAACACACGGUUGUGAUAACAGCGUCCAUGUCUGACUAACGAGGUUAUGAUGAUCAUAUUAUUAAUGAAAUCAUUAAUUAUUCGCAACUUCACGCAAAAACUCCAUAUUCGUGAGCACAUACGAUUAAACACGAAACACUGAAAUAAUUUGGAACUUUAUUCUUAGGUAUAAAAGUAAUGUUAGUAGAUAUUUAAUUUCGUAUAUAAAUACCACGCAAUUUUUCGUUUCUUACCGCGCUUUUAAGAUACAUUCAACUGCACUUUCUUUUAAACACGCUAGGUAGAGCUACUAGAGAUUUGGCGCGCUUUCGCUAUAGUAUUAGAUGUAUAUAUUAGAAAGUUUAGGAGCUGUAAGUUUAGAAAUUAUAUUUAAUUCGAUCAUCAAACUUGACAUAGAUUUUUAAAAACGCGAAUGAAACGUAAGAAUAAAUUUCAUGUGACACUCUUAUCAUUUUCGCGUCACAUGCAACGUUAUCGAUACAGUAUAAGAUAAAAUUACGACAUUAGCGAUUAGAAUUAAAAUUAAAUCAAUGAUUAAUAAUUAAAUAAUUAAUUAAUUAAGAAACAGGAUAGACGUGACCGUCGGUGGUUACAUCGAUCAUCAUUGACUAACGUCGAAUCAAAGGAUUUCUACUAUAUCAUAAUACGAAAAUGAAGAAACUAUCCUCCUGCGGAUUCCUUUUCUUAUCUUACUUGCAAAUAAGAUGACAAACAGUCAUCAAACUUAGAAACUAAAAGUUUACAGUAUAAAAUGUCAUAUGUAAGCACUGAACCAAAACCGAAUAUCAAAAUUUGUAUAAAUAACAUUUGAGUAUAAGAAAGAAAAUACUUUUAUAAUCGAUACGACUAUAUGAAGGAAAGAAUUAUAUUCUGCGCAAAACCAUCUGUCUUCUUACAAGUUAAAUUGCAAAUGUUGCACAUCUUCGGAAAGAUUUCCUGUACGCAUGUUAUAAAUCUUGCGGACUAGUACAGUCCUUAUUCUUCACAAUUAUCUUUACGCUAUCUUUCAUUGUUUUUAAUUGAGUUGUCUUUACUUUUUACUCGAUUGAUUCAUUCAAAUAUGAUAAAUGCACUUUAGGAAAAACUCGAUGAAUGACUGACGUCAUCUUCAAGAUGUCCUACUUUUACAUGGUUUUUUGUGAUAUCAACUUCGUAUAAUUUGUAUUCUCAAACGGUAUUUAAUAUUUCUAUAAAGAAACGCUCGUUAUGAAACUAAAUCUGAAUAUUCCAAUGAAAUAUGUUUCUUCAUAAAUAUCAAGCCUAUUAAUAAAUUAGCGACGACAGGUGCGGCGUUUCUCGUAACGAAUCGUUCCUUUAAUUUGGAUGAUCGAUCUCUUUGGAGGUGGGCGUUUGAUAUUCAUCUCGUACUCUUACUCGCGUCAUUAUACCUUGACUAUACAAACGCUAUCAAGAAUUCCAGGUGUCUCUCGUGCCAGACGUCGAUCGUGUCGAGCAAAUUCGUUUCGAGGUAACGAGGCACAAAGAUCGCGCGAGUCGAUGACGAUGGGAAGCUACGAGGUGUUCCCUCACAAUUUUGCUAUAUUUACAUUAGAAGCACACGAGUUUUUAAGUCGCGAUUAAAGUUUCAAUUCGCGCGUUUCAAAUUUUCUGCGACAAGUGUCAAAGUGAUAUAAGUGAUUGUUUCUACAAAUUUUGUAUUUUCUCAACCAUACGCGCACCGGGUACACAAAGAAGUCGGUUUCGUCAUCGCUCGAAUUCACUGAAUCCCUGAUAAACGAUGUUAAGGUUGUUGACAUCUGUUUUGUUCCUGUCCUUCGUGCAAUGUAUUCUUCCUCCCGCCAUACUAGAGACUGUAUACCAAUUUUUCACCGAAAUCCCAACCGUGGACAAUGACUUUGUCACCGAUGAAAUAUCUAUGUCCAAGGAAUACGAUUUCAUCGUAAUUGGAGCUGGUUCUGCCGGAUCAGUAGUGACAAAUCGUCUGACAGAAAAUUCUAAUUGGAAUGUACUGUUGCUAGAGGAGGGCAAGGACGAAAUCUUUGUUACAGAUAUACCAUUGCUAGCUUCAGUUUUGCAUAUCACGGACUAUGUCCGAUUACAUAAAAGCGAACCAAGACCCCGAAACGCCGAUGGAUCUGGCGGUUACUGUUUAUCGAUGAACGAGGGUCGUUGCAAUUUGCCAGGAGGAAGAGCUGUUGGUGGUAGCUCGGUGGUGAAUUUUAUGAUAUAUUCGAGAGGAUCGCCCGCGGAUUAUGACGCUUGGGCUGCACAAGGUAAUCCAGGAUGGAGUUAUCAGGAUGUGCUACCGUAUUUUAUCAAAUCGGAGAACUGCAAGCUUCUGGAUCAAGAUAUUAGAUACCAUGGCCGCGGAGGAUAUCUUGACGUGACGUCUCCGUCGUACGUGUCUCCUCUAAGAGAAUGUUUUCUCCAAGCUGGCGAAGAACUAGGAUAUGAUGUAAUUGAUUACAACAGCGACAGCCUUAUUGGCUUCUCUACGGUUCAGGUUCAUCUACGAAACGGACACAGGGUCAGUGCUAACAAAGCGUUCUUAAGACCUAUUCGACUCAGGAAGAAUUUGCAUCUUUCCAAAUUAUCAAAAGUAACAAAGAUCAUCGUCGAUCCAAAGACGAAAACAGCCAUGGGUGUAGAAUUCGUUAAGAAUGGCAAAGCACUGUUUGUCUCUGCCAAGAAGGAAAUAAUACUUUCAGCAGGUACCCUGAACUCGCCACAGUUGUUGAUGCUCUCGGGAAUAGGGCCGAAAAGUCAUCUCGAGUCUUUAGGUAUCCAUGUGAUCGAGGAUCUACCGGUUGGAUAUAAUCUUCAAGAUCACGUCAGCAUGUCGGCACUGACUUUUCUCGUAAACGAGAGCGUGACUAUAGUUGAACCUCGGCUAGCUUCGAAUCUAGCCAACACCGUUGACUAUUUCGUUAAAGGGACCGGGCCAUUGACGUUGCCCGGAGGAGCCGAGUGUCUCGCCUUUAUCGAUACGAAACAGGAUUAUCCAAAGAAUCUAGUGAAGAAGUUGCAAAUUAAUACUAGCAAUUUUCACAGUAAAACGCGCUCGAAGAGAUACAACGACAAGAGAGUCUCUUUACCUCCGAAUAUAACUUCCAUCAAUGUAAAUUCGGAUUACUUGAAAGAUUAUCCACGCCCGACUUCGCGGGAAAACAAAGGGACAGAUGUUCCCGACAUUGAACUGGUUUUAGGUAUAAGCGCUCUAACCGGUGAUAUAUCGGGCAGUUUCAGGGGACUUCUCGGUUUAACGGACGAAUUUUAUAAAGAAGUGUUCGCCGGUUACGAAGGUUUUGACGCCUUCUCCAUUGUCCCGGUACUCUUACAGCCAAAAAGUAGGGGAAGAAUUACCUUGAAAUCGUGUGAUCCACAUGACCGACCUAUUUUCGACAUAAAUUACUACGAUCACGAAGAUGAUCUCAGAACUAUGGUUCGAGGCAUUAAAAAGGCUAUAAAUGUUGCAUCGACUGAAGCCUUCAAACGUUUCAACGCGACGCUAUUACCAGUCGCGUUCCCAGGAUGCAAACACGUCUCGUUUGGUUCUGAUCUGUACUGGGCUUGCGUCUCGAGGCACGUGAGUACGACCCUAGGUCAUUUCGUAGGAACGUGCAAGAUGGGCCCAAGGAGGAACUCGGGUGUGGUGGAUCAUAGGUUACGAGUGCACGGGAUCAAUGGUCUCAGAGUUGUGGAUGCCAGUGUGAUACCUACUAUAAUAGCAGGUCAUACGAAUGCGCCUGCUUAUAUGAUCGCUGAAAAGGCUGCGGAUAUGAUAAAAGAAGACUGGGAAAUGUCGAAUUCCGCACGCAGAAUGUCGUUUAAUUAAAUAUUGGAAAAUGUAGGGAACAAAUUAGAAGCUAAAGAUCGUACAUCAACGCAUGUGUUUUCGUAUAAAUUUGCUUUCGUUGCUAUUCGUCCGAGUAUAGUGCUGCUACAGAAGCAACUGCCUGAUCUUUGCGCGAUUAUUUGUGUUAACCCUUGGACGACGAAGUUGGCUUAAUUCGGAAUUUACGUAUUGUUAUUCUAUCAAACUACGUAUAUGAACGAAUUCAUUUUUUAAGUAACUUUAGUCGUCACAUAGAUGGUUUAUCGCCAUAAAAUAAAAUAUUCGACGCUCGAUAGAAUGAUACAGUCUCCGCAGGACGAGUGUCGAUACACGUUGAA